AUUCGACGUGAUGUCAACUCCGCAGCAGAGGCGGGAGUGUGCGUGAGCUCGCAGCGAGGUCGUGAGCGCAUAGACCUGUACCGGAUGAGUCGCGUGCGCGUGUGCGCUGAUAUCAGACCGUCUGAUUAUUAAUCCAGAGCGAGUGAUCAUCUAAUCGUUUGAUUGAUCGAUCGGUCGAUGAUGUCCGCGCUGGAAGAGUACGAGCGCGCGCCCAAGCGUCUGAAGGUCGCGACUGAGGAUGAGCUGGAGGAAGGCGAGGAGUCAGAUUCAGCAUCCGCGGGGCUCGUGCACGAUGAAGAUGAUGAAGAAGAAGAAGAUGAAGGGCAGAGCAGAGCGCGCAGGAAGGAUAAAAGCUCUGAGACACAUCGCAUCGCUCCGUCUCCGGUGGUUCAUGUCCGUGGAUUGUGUGAGUCUGUGGUGGAGGCUGAUCUGGUGGAGGCCUUGGACAAAUUUGGAAACAUCUGUUAUGUCAUGAUGAUGCCCUUUAAGCGUCAGGCUCUGGUGGAGUUCGAGGACAUUCAGAGCGCUGACCGCUGCGUGUCGUGUGGCUCUCAGGAAGCCGUCUACAUCGCCGGUCAGCAAGCCUACUUUAACUACUCCACCAGUAAACGCAUCACUCGACCCACCAACGCUGACGAUCCCAACAGUGGGAACAAAGUGCUGCUGCUCUCCAUCCAGAAUCCACUCUAUCCCAUCACUACGGAUGUUUUAUACACGGUCUGUAAUCCGAUAGGAAAUGUGCAGCGGAUCGUCAUCUUCAAGAGGAAUGGGAUUCAAGCUAUGGUGGAAUUUGAAUCCAUCCAGAAUGCACAGAAGGCCAAGGCGGCGCUCAAUGGGGCUGACAUCUACGCCGGCUGCUGCACGCUGAAAAUUGAAUACGCUCGGCCCUCACGCUUAAACGUCAUGAGAAACGACAAUGACAGCUGGGAUUAUACCAAACCCUUCCUACUGAGACGAGAGCGUGGUAAAGGCAGACAGAGACAGGCCAUAUUGGGCGAGCAUCCGUCCUCUUACUCAGAUAAUGGAUACGGGUCUCACUGCCCUCUGCUGCCUCUGCCCAGUAAUAAUCGAUUCAAACGCUCUUCUCAUGACGUCUCAGAGGUUGUGUCGUAUCCGCUGCCACAGAGCUCCUCCUACAUGGGCCACACCUCCAGCUCGGUUGCCAUGGUGAGUGGCCUCCAUCCAUCCAAGAUGAACUGUUCACGCAUCUUCAACCUCUUCUGUCUCUACGGCAACAUUGAGAAGGUGAAGUUCAUGAAGAGCGUUCCAGGUACGGCUCUGGUAGAGAUGGGUGAUGAAUAUGCAGUUGAUAGAGCGAUCACACAUCUUAACAGCAUCAAGGUGUUCAGCAAACGACUCAAUGUCUGCGUGUCAAAGCAGCACGCUGUGAUACCCAGUCAGGUCUUUGAGUUGGAGGACGGAUCCAGCAGCUACAAGGACUUUGCCAUGACCCGUAACAACCGCUUCACCAGCGCCGGUCAGGCCUCUAAAAACAUCAUUCAGCCUCCGUCCUGUGUCCUUCAUUUCUAUAAUGUCCCGCCGUGUGUCAGCGAGGAUGAUCUUCAGCAGUUAUGCACAGAGCACGACGUCCCAGGAUUCAUCAAAUACAAAGUGUUUGAUGCCAAACCAAGUUCAAAAACCAUCUCUGGACUGCUGGAGUUUGACAGUAAAACUCACGCUGUGGAAGUUCUGACGGUUCUCAAUCACUAUCAGAUACGAAUACCCAAUGGUUCAAACCCGUACACACUGAAGCUCUGUUUCUCCACGUCAUCACAUCUCUGAGACGGAGCGAAGCGUCUGCGGGCGGAGGGUCUCACAUCAUCACUUUGUUCUUUUUUGCUGUUUUUGGUCGUCUUUGUUUUUUCCAGUACACGUCUAACCGGAACUGAGACUCGUCUUCUGGAUAUAAAACAUGACGAUGUCACAAUAGGCGGUGCCACCGAUGCCACCGCAAAAGCAAGAAGAGCAAAUGAAUGAUUUUAAUCCGUUUCUCUGGACGUCUUCGGUAACAAUCUGACACGUCAAACGUGUUGGGUGGACAUGGAGAGCGAUGGAGACUACGUGCUUAUGCUGUGUCAUUUACAUAUGUAUAUGUAUGGCAUCAGGUUUGGGUAAAUGAAAGCGCUUAACUAGUGAUGUGACCUGUAAUUGGUCAUAGGUUUUUAUUAGAAAUGGAGGCAGUUUUAAUGAAGUUUUAGAUGAUAAACACACUUUUGUUCACACUCAGUUCAGUGAUGAUGAAGACGAUCAGAUUGUGCUGAAGUGUAUGAACAUGAAUCACACUGGACAACAUCAUCAGAUGUAUAUGUUUAAAGGGAAACUUUACCCGUUGGAACAUUCAUCUUUAUUGAAAGUGGGUCGUAUUUGUAGUCGAAAUGUAACAUAAAUUCAGAAUUUGGUCCCUAGUUGACCGAAAAAAGACAGAAUGUGACUUUAGGGCGCAUUUGUAUGGAAAACUACAACUCCCACAAUGCACAGCUCUGCAAGCCACUCCCACUAAUUCAGAACACCACUCAGCUGUAUGCUAUUGUGUACAUAAAUGCCAUGUUAGUAUAAGAAAGAAAAUAGAAACACUCACUUUAUAGUCAGACGUCCCUGCAGGCUUUGGCUGUCGCUUUCAGUUUAGGAUUCUAAAAUAUAUAUCCAGGACGCUGCUGUCCAUAUACGAUACGAAUCUUGGGUGGUUGGUUCACCACACAAAUGAAUUGUGUCGUAGGAGCAGGCUUCACUCAGUUUCUUAUUUAUUUUUAAAAGCACUUGGCCAAAUGUGUAAAUAAUCCCAAAGAAGAAAAUGCUGCACACAAACGCAUCCACCGCACAAACACGCCGUGCAACAAACACACACGUACGCAAAGUACCUCUCUUCCCUGGGACCAUUCACCACACAAAAAUCAGAUCAGGAUAUGGACGUUUGUGUGGUGAAUAGUCCCGAAUUUCUUUCAGUAGGCACACAGCGAGAGUACAGGCACUACUAGUCCGUCCAAGCUUGAGCCAGUCAGAGGCUGAGGCUGCGACCUCCUCCCCGGGCUUCUCUGCUUUCUGAUCCUCCAUCUGCCUCAGCUCUUCGCUGUAUUGUGGCUCAUAAAGGGCAUCACCCUUGAGAAAUCUUCCAUAUCAUAUCGAUUACCUUCCGCUAUUAUUGUAACAUGAAGUCUGGCUCGCUCCACAUCGUCUCUUAGCUUAGCAUAAAUAUGACGGCUGAUCGUUUUUUUUUCGAGUAUGUUCGUGUAUUUUUGUAAGUCCCACCCACUGAUCUGUAAUAGGUCUGUAGGGUGAGUGGGUCCCACCCAUAGCCCCACCUUGGAAAAAUGAGGAAUGAGUGUUUGUAGUCUUUUGCCUUCGACAAAGAUACAGCAGUUCCUUCUUUCAAUGACCCAAAAUAAAGCAAUAAGCCCCGCGAAGCAGUGGGGUUACAGUGCAUUUUAUAACAGCUAAGGGGCGUUGUUAGGCACAAUGUGAAGCGGGAUGUCUAAAACCCCCUUAGCUGUUAUAAAAUGCACUGUAACCCCACUGCUUCGUGGGGCUUAUUGCUUUUAUAAAACGGUUACUUCAUAUGCAUAACGUUAGCAGGAUUUCAUAAAAUAAAACACAAAUAAGUUGUAAUUAUAUUAGUACAAAUAUUACUCUUCCGCCAAACAAAGUAGUUCCUCAGAAUCAAGUGUGGUUGCAACAGAGCGCAGUUCUCAAACAACACAGACGCAGCAAAGACACAAUGAAAAUAUGAUUAAAGACGGUGUUUAUUUUCAUAAAUCAGUACGUAGCAACAGUGGCGCAGUGAUACUUCCGUAAUGCGGUCUGAACCGUGGGGUUACCGGGGUAUUUUAUCACAGCUUAGAACGCGUUUCAACCAAUCAGAAUGAAGAACCAGAACGGGCCAUUUUAUAAUGACGAUUUUUACAUCAUUGAAAGAAGGAAGCGCAACACUGACAUCUGUAUUUUUUCCGUCUCAGGGGAAACUGAGGGAAUCAUGCAUGACCAUUUAAAAACAUGACUGGGGUUCUAACGAUACAAAGCUUAAUGCAAAUGGGUGAAGUUUUCCUUUAAACAUGUGUGAACUAAACAUGCUGCUGUUUUAUAUUCUUUUGUUUUAUUUAAAUAAGAAAUGAGAUUUUCAGCAU